CACCAGGUCACACGCGCGCAUACACACUCCCACCCAGUAGUCAUCCUGCCUGCUGUUGUCACUAGAGUAGUUUGUCCCCAGCUAGAGUAAAAGUGCGGUAGCUUUGGCGUAAGCCGCGCUUGAGUUUAUUCAUAUUUUUCGCGGACUUGACUGCAGCAUUACAUCGCACUCCCGCCGAGGAGGAAGAGGAAAACAUUUAUUUUUCUAUUCGUCUGCUCACUGAAGAGGUUGGCUAGCAGGUUCCCCACCUACAUCUCAGAGUGUGGAUAAACAUUCCACCUUGCAAUCAGGAGAUGUUGCCGUAAUAACUAUUUAAUGGACACAGCUUUUCUUUAAGCAAGAUGUCAACCGCAACAGAAAAUGGGAUUGGGGGGGCUUGGAGUUCCAACAGAGAGAAAACCUAUAAGAAGACGACAUCAUCGGCGUUGAAGGGAGCCAUUCAGCUCGGCAUUGGCUAUACAGUUGGAAACCUCACCUCUAAGCCCGACAGAGAUGUGCUUAUGCAAGACUUCUAUGUGGUUGAGAGUGUCUUUCUACCCAGUGAAGGAAGCAACUUGACCCCGGCACAUCAUUAUCCGGACUUUCGCUUCAAGACCUACGCACCGCUGGCCUUCCGCUACUUUAGGGACCUGUUUGGCAUCAAACCUGAUGACUAUCUAUACUCAUUAGUCAAUGAGCCUCUGAUUGAGCUGACCAACCCUGGAGCCAGUGGCUCGCUCUUCUACUUGACCAGUGAUGACGAGUUCAUCAUUAAAACGGUGCAGCACAAAGAGGCAAAAUUCCUCCAGCGAUUACUUCCUGGAUAUUAUAUGAACCUGAACCAGAAUCCACGCACCCUACUCCCCAAAUUUUACGGACUAUACUGUAUCCAGUCGGGAGGCAUCAACAUCCGCCUGGUGGUUAUGAACAAUGUGCUGCCUCGCUCGGUUAAAAUGCACUACAAGUACGAUCUAAAAGGAUCGACGUACAAAAGACGAGCGUCACGGAAAGAGAGAGAAAAAUCGUGUCCGACCUUCAAGGACCUGGACUUCCAGGACAUGCACGAAGAAGGGCUUUACUUUGACGCAGAGACUUACACCAAUCUGAUGAAGACUCUCCAGAGAGAUUGCCGGGUGUUGGAGAGUUUUAAGAUCAUGGACUACAGCCUGCUGCUGGGUGUCCACGUUCUGGACCAGAACCAAAGAGAAGGGCAGGAACAGGCAGCGGGCGAUCGAUCUAGACCUGUGGGCCAGAGGGUCCUCUACUCCACGGCCUUGGAGUCAAUCCAAGGGGACGGCAAGGCGGCUGAAGUCCUCACUACAGAUGAUACCAUGGGUGGCAUCCCUGCCAAAACACACAAAGAAGAGAAGCUGCUCAUCUUCCUUGGCAUCAUUGACAUUCUACAAUCAUAUAGAUUCAUAAAGAAGUUGGAGCAUUCAUGGAAAGCUCUGGUGUAUGAUGGCGAUUCCGUGUCGGUGCACCGGCCCGGUUUCUACGCCAGCCGCUUUCUCAAGUUCAUGAGUACUCGUGUCUUCAGAAAGACUCACCAGAUUCGAUUUUCCCCUUCAAAGAGGACACGCACAUCAAUCCACGCUCUGAAGUCGUCCUCACAGGAGAUCCUUUCGUCGCAGGCGGAUGAGAGGGACGAAGACCAGAGCGGGGGCAACCGUAGGUGGGGGGCCCGCAGUCUAGCGAGUCUGGAUGGACAAGGUGUGUAUGGCUCUUAUCUACAUCCUGAUCUGGUCCCCCCCAACCCAUCUUACUUUGAGGGCUCCUCAGUGGGCACGCUGUCAUGUUCCUCCAUCAUGGUUGGCGUGGACAACCAAACAGACGAAAGAGAGGACGCCGGCUCCAGCUCCACGUUCACCUUGGAGGACAGCGCCAUCUGCCUCACAUCUGAGAACAGCACCAUGGACGUGGACACGGAGCGCGACGACGGCUCCGUUCUCGACGUCUACUUGUGAACCUUUACCAGCUACAAUCUCCUUUUGUGAUGCUACUGCCAUUGCUGCAGUCAUGUUGCCACUCAUAUUGCCAACACAAGAGAUUGACUGUGAAAAGAUGUCACCUGAAUCUGUGACAUCACAGCGUGCAUUGAAGACACUUUACGCCAUCAUGUAUCUUAUCAUGGCCUCCACAGCAAUCUGCUCUACAGUAUAUUUAUUUACUCCAUAUUGUAUUGUGCUGAAUAGACAUUUUUCCAAGCUCCGUUAGUAGCUGAUCCGUUGACAAAUGUUCACCGACCACCUGAAAUGAGCAAGGACAGAAACCUGGACCACAUUUGUACCUAGAAUGGAUGGAGUGGCUCACUGAAGCACAACCUUCGAAGAGCGAAAACAGGCACUUUUCUCUUUGGACUUCUGAUUGUGCACAGCAACAUUGUAGAUCAUUUUGAUAGUUUUGUUCGUGUCAUUGCGGAAGGUCAUUUCAUACUGAAUAAUGCUUUCUCUUGCAAAUCUCACAUCCACGAUGCUGUCCGAUUCAUCAUCAAUAUUCCAACGACAAAUGUAGGAUCUUGUGAGUCAAUGCCAUAAUUUAUUAUAUAAAUUACCUUUUGUUGAGAAUCACAUUUAGACAAUGCAUAUUUAUGAACGACAUCCUUGUGAAUAAAGUUGAGUGAAUCAAAAAAAUAACCUUU